AUGUAAUCAUAUAACCCAGCAGUCUCUCAUAAAAGAAAAGAAAGAGACAUUGCUAAACUCAUGAUGUCUAACUAUCAUGUGGAACAAUGUCCUCAAAACCCAUAUAAUUUUAAAGUCAAUAUCAAUGGUCCAUCUGAUUCUCUCUAUGCCGGAGGAGUCUACACAAUCAACGUUCUUCUCCCUGAACAAUACCCCUACAAAUCACCCAGCAUUGGUUUCCUCACUAAAAUAUUCCACCCCAACAUUGAUGAAGCUUCUGGAUCUGUCUGUCUUGAUGUCAUCAAUCAAGCAUGGUCACCCAUGUACGAUCUCAUGAAUGUUUUUGAAGUCUUCCUCCCUUAAUUACUUAACUACCCCAAUCCUAGUGAUCCUCUGAAUCCAGAUGCAGCCAGUCUUCUCAUUAGAGAUAAACCUAGAUAUGAGAAGAAAGUCAAAGAUAUGGUUCUUAAAUAUGCCACCAAGCACAAUCAGGAAGUUUAAAAUAUAGAAAUUAUAAAAGAAUCAAAAUAGGAUGAUGAAGAUAACGUCUCCCUCAUCUCCUUAGACAAUGUGUCACAACUAUCAGAACACUCCUAUGGACAUGCUGAAAUUCAAAGUUUGUUUUGAAUUCUAACCAUUAUAAAUAU